AUGUCACAUGCGGAAUUGCUUCGGCAUUUGCGAGAGCUUCUGGCGGUCUGCGGGGCACGGGCCCUGGCGCACCUCCACAGCACCGGUGCGUUGCGGGGUUACGAGUGCCUUAGUGUAGCCGCAAGUGUGAUUCGUCAGCGGGGUGCCACCCGCUUCGCCGUUGUUCGGGCGCUGAUGGCUGAGUACAACGAGCGAAACGAUCAAGUUUUCCAACCGUUAGAAUUUCGCGCGAUGCUGGAGGACUCCGCGGAGAAUGAGGCGGCUCUUUGCGAUAUCGUCGUCGACGUCGCCGAUGAGGCGAUUGCAUCGCAAGGAGUAGCGCUGGGGAGGCCCGCCGAGGAGCCGGUUUCUACCGCUCGUGACGAAUUCAUGAUGGAUGAUACCAGCGAGAACGAGGCAGCUCUUCUCGAGGGCUGUGUUGCCUGCGAGGAGUUGGCGAUUGCGGAAGAGACAGGGGUGAAUGAGACGAUGGUGAACGAUAGGACCGCUGAGGAGCCGAUUUCUGUCGGAGCUCGUGACGGGGGUCUUAUGCAAACUGUUGGACCGUUUCACGUGAACGAGGGCGCCAGUACCUCGGGCAUACAGAUCGGCGGGGGUAGGGCCCGGAGGGCUCCGAGUUACGAUUCUGACGUGACAUUAGAGUCAGACGAUGACGAUGCCGAUGACGAUGACGAGACACAGACAGCUUCCGACAUGACGUUUGAAUUCGACGACGAUGCUGACGACGACGAGACAGAGGGUGCAUACUCUGGAAACAUGGGGAGAGAAUCGGAGCAGGAGAGUGAAGCUGCGAGCGAGAAGGAGUCAAGUCAGGCACCCGAUGACGGGGCUGAUUCACUGGGUAACCGUUUAACGGUUAUCGGUGAAUCAACGAAAUUCAUUCGUAAAUUCGCGGUCACAGGGCGUGAGUUGCGAAUGAAGAUCGCGGCCCCUGAAUCGGGUGUUAAUCUAGUGGAGUGGCUGGAGGACGCGUUCAGAGACCUGCAUGCGUAUGCCGUAGCAACGUGUCGGAGUAGCGACUACAUAGGUUUCACGUUUAGCGCGGAGAGUUUUAAUCAUGGUCCUGCGUGGUUAUCGUUUCGGCCGGUGAGGGAUUCGCGGUACAGUGACCUCUGGAAGUUAGUUUUCAGCGUAGCCCAGAGCGCAUCAGAGUUUGGCGUCGACAGCGUCUUCACCGUGACGGUACACAGUGUUGGAGUACCGGAUGGUCGCGGAAAGCCGAAGCCGAUCACGCACGCGGGGGUACUUAGAAAAUCCGUCGUGCAGAUUGUCAACAGUGACGGGUUGUGUUUACCUCGUGCCCUCGUUGUAGCCAAGGCUCACGCCGAGAGAGGCCCGAACCGCAGUGGCGCUCUGCACGAGCAUUACGAGAUGGUGAGAUUCGCUAGGUCCAGUUUCCAGCGUGCAGAAGCGCGUAAUCUUGUUGCGAAUGCCGGUGUCGAGAUUCCGCCAACGGGAUGCACAGUGCAUGAAAUCGCACAGUUCCGGAACUAUCUGGCACGCGAGGGAUUCCUCAUCACAGUGUACGAGUUGGGGAGGCUAGGUACCGGCGAAGCGGCAUUUAACGACGGUACUGCCGUGGUGAGAGCAAACGGAACAGGCGAUGUCAGGCACCGAUUGAAUCUGCUGUAUUAUCCCGAAGAACAGCAUUAUUGCCCAAUUGUAAAUUUAACCGCGGCGGCAGCAGGGGCCUUUUUCUGUCAACCCUGCAAUAGGAAAUUUAACAACGGGUACGAACACCGAUGUUCCGUAAAGUGCCCACAGUGCCUCGCAUCGCCACCGUGCAACAGCGAGUCUCGCGAAAUCGAGUGUCCCGAUUGCAGACGCGUUUUCCGCGGUAACGGUUGUCUGGAGUACCACCGCAGGAUCGGCUCCUUCAGUCCGCACCGCUCCGUUUGUGCAACGCUGCGUAUAUGCCGGAAUUGCGAGCGAUUCGUAAAUCUUUCGCGGAGGGCACACAUUUGUGAAACUCGUUUUUGCGUCACGUGCCGCUGCAACAGACCGUACAAUCACUACUGCUUCAUGACCCCGCUGAAAGACGCGACAAGACCGAAACGUUACAUCUUUAUUUUUUAUGAUUUCGAAACGCAGCAAUGGGAGACGGUAGACGGUGACGCGACGACAAACAUACAUGUGCCGAACUUGUGCGUAGCGCAAAAAGUGUGUACGCAAUGUAUCCACGAUCCCGAUAUAUCGAACGGCUGUUCCGCUUGCGGGCUCGUACGUGAGUUCGUUUUCAGGAGGGAACCGGUGAAGGAGUUGGUAGACUUUGCUACUCGGCCCGUUCAGGACUUUGCCCGCAUCGUAUGCAUUGCGCACAAUGCAAAAGGUUUUGACGCGCAAUUCAUACUGCGGCAUAUGGUUGAGCGGGAUGGAAACCCACCGCAGGUCAUCCUAAGCGGCAGUAAGAUCAUUAUGCUCGAAACGGGUCACACCCGAUUUCUGGAUUCCUUAGCAUAUAUGCCUAUGGCAUUAUCGGCGCUACCGAAGGCUUUUGGACUACCGACUACUUCCGUGAAACGUAUAUUUCCCUACCUUUUCAAUACCCCUGAAAACGUGGGUUACGUGGGACCGCUCCCCGCAGCGAAGUUUUACUCUCCGGAUACCAUGAGUAGCGAUGCGCGAGCAAAGUUUUACUCAUGGUACAACGAGGCUGUAGCGAACGACCAUCUGUUUGACUUUGACGCGGAAUUGUUGUCGUACUGUCGGUCGGACGUGGAUAUUCUGCGACGUGCGUGCGUAGCAUUCAGGGACAUAUUUCUGGAGUGCGGCAGAGUGUGUCCCUUUACCGAGAGCACGACAAUUGCCUCGGCUUGUUCGGUGCUGUUCCGUAAAAAUUUCUUACAACCGGUGCGAAUAGGUAUCCUGCCACCGGGCGGCUAUCGUCUUGCCGAUGCCCAGUCUCGUAAGGCUCUGGAGUGA